AACGCCGGCAUGAAAUAAAAGAAGAAGAGAAAACUAAGCGUCUUAUGAUUGCUUCUCUUUGGAAAAAAAGGGCCUUUGAGAGCUGUGUGAGCCCCCCGUCCUGCAUUCUGACCAGCGGGCCCCUCCCUGGUGUGUGAGCUGCGCCCAGGACAGAAGACGCCCGAGCCCAAUAUGGCCGCCGCCCCCAGGGAGGCGGCGGACGGCGCUGCAGAGCUGUGCAAGGAAGGGGAUAAGCUCCUAGGAGAGGGAGAGCUUAGGAGGGCCACUGCUCUGUACACGUCAGCGUUCGGCUGCCACGCCGGGACCACCGUCUCCCACGUGCGUGGCCUGGGGGGGGCCACGUUGGCGGGGGUCGUUUCCACUUUGGAAGCCCGGCUGGAAGACCCGGGAGAAGCUCAGCACCCCGGGGAGAGCCCCGGCCCCAACAAAGGCCUGGCGGCUGUGUUCCUGUCCACGCUGGUCCCCAACAACCUCGCCGCUAGCCUCUACAAGAUGGAGUCGCUCCUGCUGGCCGCCGGCCGGGGCGCCGACGAAGUGGCGGCGCGCUGCUCGGCCCUGCUGGAGGGGAAACAAGACCCCUGUCCGCUGGGUUCCGCGCGCCUGGCCCUGGAGCUGACGCGCGCCCUGGCCAGCCUCCUCUCGGAGCCUCGCGGGGCCCGUGGGCCGAAGCUCUACCUGCAGGCUUUCCACGCAAACGAGGCCGAGGCCGCCAGGCUCAUCAGGAGCAGGCAGGCCCAGCUCCUGCCCAGAAUUGUCGAUGCCUUCCUGGAGAGACUAUCUCUACAGACACUGGGGGACGAGACAGAGGCUGAACAGGAAGGGGGAACCGAAGCUCUCCACCCAGAAGAAGCUUCCAAAUACCUCCACUUCUUAUCAGCCAUCGCCCCCGGCGACACACGUGUGCAGGAGCUCCAGGCCGUGGCCCUGUUCCAAGCUGGCAGCUUCGAUGAGAGUGCACAGGCUUACUCCCUGGCUCUGGGGGAGACAGACUUGCAGGCAGAGGCCCGCGCCGGCACGGAAAAGACAGCUGCGCACUGGCUGCUGCCUGAAAGAAGAGCCUGUCUCCUGGUGGGCCGAGCAGCCGCCCUCUUUUCUGCGGGAGGCCGGGCAGCGGAGAUGUGCUGGGACCUCAGCGAGGCCUUUGGGACUCACCCUGCCACUGCCAGGCUGCAAUUCCAGCAGCUGUUCUCGGACCGUGGGGCGGAGGCUUCUGCCUGCUCUCAGCUCAGGCAGCAGGCAGAGAGGGGGCUUUGUGAGUACAGGGAGGCCGUAUUAGGGCGGCCUGAUCUGCGCUCCUCCAAAGGGGUGGAGUUGCUGGAUCCUGUCAUCGCAGGGCUGCAGGCCCUGUGCCACCUGGAGCCAGGAGGGGGCAGCAGAGAGCUGCGCGUGAGGCUGGCAGACUGCCUCCUCCUCCGAGGGCAGUUCCGGGAGGCCCUGUCCAUCUGCAGCCAGCUUGCGGCAGUCGCCCCAGCCCAGCAGAGCUACCAAAACACAGUACAGGUGCUGCAAGGGUUUGCGCGCUUUCUUUCAGGCGACCAGCAGGGUGCGCUGGAGGACUUCCAGGCGGUGAUUGAGCACAGCGCCCCACACCCCUCCAGCUGUGUGCGGGCACUCUGUGGCCGGGGGCUGCUGCGCAUGCUGGCCGACUCCCACUACUUGGCGGCCCUGGACUACAUGACAGCAAGCCGGCUGCACCCUCAAGAGACGGCCCUGACUGUGCGCUGCCUCAUCCCUUGGAACCUGCGGGGGCUGCUGUUCACCGUGCUGCUGGAGCAGGGGAGGGCCAUGCUGGAGGGAGCUGGCAGGGGCAGCAGCCAGGGCGGACGGAGCCCCUCGCCCAUCCCCGAGCAGCAGCAGCAGCAGCAAAGAGAUCAGCCCCCGUCUAGACUGCCUGAGCGGGAUUGCAGCUCCUCACACAAGGAAGGGACCCCCGCGGGGGUGCAGGCGCUGGCAGCCCUGCUGAUGGAGCUGGAGCCGGGCAGCGCCGCGCCGCGGAUCCUGGCAGCCGACGCCCUCUACAGGCUGGGGCGGGCGGAGGAGGCCUACCGCUUGCUCCUGUCCCUCGGCCACCCGUCUCCCCGCUCGCCCGUUCUCGCCCGCCUCGCCCUGCUCCAGCUGCACCGGGGCUUCCUGUACGAUGCCAACCAGCUGCUGAAGAAGCUGACCCAGUGUGGUGACACCAGCUGCUUGCUCCCCCUGCUGGCAGUGGCAGGAACAGCAGACCGGGCACUGUUACAGGAGCAAUGCCACACUGCUGCCAUGUGCAUCCUGGAGGGCCCCAAAGCAGACCUCAGCAUCCGGGAGGCAGUGUCCUACCUCACCAUCUCCAUCAUCGCCUCCGGCGGUGUGGCUGAGGACUCCCUCUUGGCACGGGCACGAUGCUAUGCCCUCCUGGGUCAGCGCAAGACUGCCAUCUUUGACUUCAACGCCAUCCUCAAGGAGCGAUCUGAGCAUGUGCAGGCCCUGUGUGGGCGGGGCUUCACCUACCUCACCCUGAACCAGCAGAAGGAGUGCACUCAGGACAUACUUGCAGCACUCCAAGUGGACGCUGCAGCUGUCACGCAAGACAUCCUGUCUCUGAAAGAGAAGGCCAGUAAGCUCAUCUGUGAUUGGCUGCACCAGCACUGUAGGACGGGGCUCUCCGAAAUCACAGCAGCCAAUGCGGUUCCCUGCAGGGAGGAGCUUCUGAAAGAGGCGUUUCUGAUUGGAGGAGCCCUGAUGAAGAUCGACUGCCGAGACCCCAGGUGGCACCUGCUCUAUAUCGAUACUCUACUGGCCAGAGGUGCCUUGGAAGCAGCAGGCGCGCACCUGCGCCAGAUUUUUGGGCAGGAGCCCCGGGAGGCGGUGGCCCAGGCUCGAUGGGGGGUGGUAGAGGCGUGGCAGAGGAACGCCAUGGGGGCGGCGAGGGGCCUGAGCGAAAUCGCGGAGAGAGAGGCCUCGACCCUGAGCUUCCUGCUCACCCUCCUGAGUGCGCAGCACCGGAAACACCUGGCGCAGGCUGCAGCGGAAGAGGCAGGCUGCGCGUCCGAGCGCGGCCAGUGGGAG